GGUUCGUAAUUAGUCCCCCAGUCUUCGAGCAGCCAGGCUAUUUAGUUUCAAGGUGACCGGACGGUUCUGAUGCAGUGAUCGUGAUGGUCGAUCGCAAUCUUUGACAAUUCGGUGUCAUCACAAUGUCUGAGCAGAAAUCUGGCGUACACUCUCAGGCCGAUGCGGACGGCCACUUCAGGCGUAAACCAGCUGCGUUUCGCUCCUCUAUCUCGCGUGAUCCUAACGCAGAAUUUCCGGCGCAGAAGGAUCGUUAUGUGUUAUACAUCAACUUUGGGUGUCCAUGGGCACAUCGGACUAAUUUAGUCCGGUCACUCAAAGGUCUAGAUGAUAUAGUCCAGCUAGUUGUUCUCGAUCCCGAGUUGGGACCGGACGGUUGGUUCUUCUCUGAUAGAUAUGGGUCUGCGCCAGUGGAUCCUUUGUAUGGCUUCGAGAGGUUGAGCCAAUUUUACUUCAAAGCAGAUCCUAACUAUGAAGGCCGAUACACAGUCCCAAUGCUAUGGGACAAGAAAAAAGAGACAAUUGUCAACAAUGAGAGUGGCGAGAUUAUCCGCAUGUUUUAUUCCGAGUUCGACGAUUUACUUCCCCAUGAGCUGCGAGAGACCCAUCGGCUUGGUGGAAAUUUCUACCCGCCACACUUGAGAGCUGAGAUCGAUGCGAUGAACUCAUGGGUUUACGACAAAAUCAAUAACGGAGUGUACAAAACUGGAUUUGCCACGACACAGGAGGCUUAUCUAGACAACCUAUACCCGCUUUUCGAAGCACUAGAUCGGAUUGAAGACCAUCUGGCCCAGCCAGGGCAUCAACCAUAUCUCUUCGGGAAAGAGAUCACGGAAGCAGACAUCCGAUUGUAUCCGACCAUUGCUCGAUUUGAUGUGGCUUACUAUUUGAUCUUUCGGUGCAACCUCAAGAUGAUCAGACAUGACUACCCGUUGAUUGACCGCUGGUAUCGGGGGUUGUAUUAUGAUGAGACCUCACGUACCCAAGGCGGAGCAUUCAAGAAGACUACGUUCUUCGAGAUUUAUAAGUUCGGGUACCUGAAGUCUUUAGGGAAGCGAUUGGGCAGCCUACAGACGAUCAUUCCGGCAGGCCCGGCUCCAGACAUCCUGCCUGCGAGCCUAUAAUAGUUGAGGGGCGGCAUGCAUGGCGCAGAGACUAAUCAGUGCUAGAUGGGGCGAUCUGGCGAUCUCCAUGUAACUAACGCACUCUUAUCCCAUGCAUACCUUCUCAUGAAAGGGUUUAUAUUUCUAAGAGACCCCACUUGCAGCACUGUUUCACAGCUAUAGAGGCCCUGACAUGCUAUCCUAA